CUACUCCCACAUCCUCCGCACCGCCUCCCGCUCGGGAUUCCUCCACGAGGUCCCUCAAUUGCUUCACUCCAUGAAGGAGGACGGCGUCGUGGUCGAUUCCCAGACCUUCAAAGCCCUGCUCGACGCGUUUAUCCGGUCCGGAAAAACCGGGUGGGUUUGCCCAUGGCCAUUUUGUUUAAGCUUCUGGAGGGGGGGAUUCGACCCAGGUGCCGAAUUCGAUUGCCUGCUAUGAGUUGCUGGUUGCUCUUAGAAAAUCUGACAUGAUUGUUGAGUUUAAGCAAGUUUUUAAUAAGCUUAGAGAGAGUGAGAGGUUUGAGAUGGAUACUUGGGGCUAUAAUAUUUUUGCAUCAUGCAUUUGGGUGUUGGGGUGAUUUGGGUACUAGUCUGAGUCUGUUCAGAGAGAUGAAAGACUCUAUCUUGGAUAACAUCGGGCCGGAUUUGUCUACAUAUAAUAGCCUCAUUCAUGUGCUCUGCUUGGUGGGGAAAGUGAAUGAUGCACUUACUAUAUGGGAGGAAUUGAAGGGCUCCGGCCACUAGCUGGACGCAAUUACCUAUAGAAUUCUUAUUCAGGGGUGUUGUAGGUGUUAUCGAAUAGACGAUGCCACUAAGAUUUUUAGUGAAAUGCAGCUCAAUGGAUAUAUCCCUAAUACCAUUGCUUAUAAUUCUUUACUAGAUGGGUUAUUCAAGGCCAGGAAGGUUAAUGAUGGCUGCCAGUUAUUUGAGAAAAUGGUUCAGAAUGGGGUGAGAGCCUCGACGUGGACGUAUAAUAUUCUCAUUGAUGGUUUGUUCAGGAAUGGAAGGGCAGAGGCUGCAUACACACUAUUUUGUGACUUAAAGAAGAAGGGUCAGUUUGUUGAUGGUGUAACAUAUAGCAUUGUGGUUUUGCAACUUUGGAAGGAGGGCCUGCUUGAGGAAGCACUAGGAUUGGUGGAAGAAAUGGAAGGGAGAGGCUUUACUGUUGAUUUAGUUACUAUUUCGUCAGUUGUGAUUGGGCUGUAUAAAGAAGGACGGGAUUGGACAGAGAAGCUCAUGAAGCACAUUAGAGAUGGUAACCUAGUGCCGAGUGUUCUUAAAUGGAAGGUUGAUAUGGAGGCUUUGCUGAAAAAUCCACGGAGAAAUAGAAAGGAUUAUACACCUUUGUUCCCAAGUAAAGGCGACUUGAGCGAGAUUAUGAGUUUAAUAAAGUCUGCAAGAUCAACAAUGGAUGCAGACCUAGAUUCAGAGGCUGCCAGGGUUAAAGAAGAUGAUAAGAAUUUGUCCACCGAUACUGAUCAGUGGUCAUCAUCUCCACAUAUUGGUCAAUUGGCUAAUCAACUUAAGUCCACCGACCACUCCUCACAGCUGUUUUCAUUGUCCAGGGGGCAAAGAGUUGAAGUAGGGGAAAGCACUUUUGAUAUUGACAUGGUUAAUACCUUUUUGUCCUUAUUCUUGGCCAAGGGAAAGCUGAGCAUAGGAUGCAAAUUGUUUGAGAUUUUCAGUGAUCUUGGUGAAAAUCCUGUGAGUUAUACUUAUAAUUCCAUGAUGAGUUCGUUCGUCAAGAAGGUCUACUUCAAUGAGGCAUGGGGUGUACUCAAAGAAAUGGGAGAAAAGGUCUGCCCCACAGACAUAGCUACAUACAAUGUGAUAAUUCAUGGCUUGGGGAAGAUGGGUAGAGCGGAUCUAGCGAGUUCUGUCCUGGAUAAGCUAAUUAAGCAGGGUGGUUAUCUUGACGUGGUUAUGUACAACACCUUGAUUAAUGCACUAGGGAAGGCUAGCAGGAUUGAUGAAGUAAACAAGCUCUUUGAGCAGAUGAAGAGUAGUGGAAUAAAUCCUGAUGUUGUCACUUUUAAUACACUUAUUGAAGUUCACAGCAAAGCAGGUCGGCUAAAAGAUGCAUAUAAGUUUUUGAAAAUGAUGCUCGAUGCAGGCUACAACCCGAACCAUGUUACUGACACGACUUUAGAUUUUCUGUGCAAGGAGAUUGAGAAAAUGAGGUACCAGAAGGCAUCCAUGGUGCGCAAUAAGGAUGACUGACCUUGAUAAGAAUUUGUACACUUCAAUUCAACUGUAGUUCAACCUUCUAUGACUUUCGGCUCAUAAAUGUAAAUGAAAAUUUGAAGGCCAAAAGUGUAGUCGUGUGUUGAGGUGCCUUUUCAACCUAUAAUCAUGUCAUGCUCAGCUUCGGUCAUUUCUCAGGGUAAUUCAAAUUGCUAGAGCUGAAACUCCAGGUCAGUACCUAGUACCUACUAAACGGUUAGAAUGUAACGUAACAAGAAUAUUUGUUUUUCUUCCAAAACUCUGAAAUAUUACUACUGUGUAUUAAGCUAGAA